CCGGCGCUUGCCGCGCCGCCCCGCCCCGCCCGGGAGCAGGUCGGCAGAUGCACGGUGCCGCGGCCCUGAGGUGAAAGGCCGGAUGCGUGGCCGGGAGCCGGAGGCAGGGGGGCUGCAGGGAGCACACACGGUGGCCGUGGCCAGCCCUCCAGCCGCACUUAGCAGCAUCGCCACAGCAACCAGCGGCCAGACGGCAGCAGCCUAGGCAGGCGCUAGCAGCCAGCUUCUCCCCCCACCCCGUCGGCCGAGGACAGGGAAUGACUGCUGGGAGUCAGGCCUCGCUGCUGCCCAGGGAGGUGGAGUGGAGCUAGAGGGGAGGGUGCGGCUACCGCCCCGCGGCACAAGCGCCAUGCCGGCUGGAGAAGACGCGCUGGGGCAGGGGCUGCAGCCUGGCACCACCCAGCCCCCCCACCAGCACUGAGCACCCCGAGGGUGCACUGUCCUGCCUUAUAGUGCCCCUCCCUACACACACACUGUGGCCGUCUCCUCCCCCUAGUGAGGCGCAGAGCGGGUGAGGGAGAGGCGCCCUGCCCCGUGCCCCACGUCCGGGCCCGCCACUGCCGGACCAUGGGAUGUCGGCAAAGCUCAGAGGAGAAAGAGGCAGCGCGGCGGUCCCGGAGAAUCGACCGCCACCUGCGCUCCGAGAGCCAGCGGCAGCGCCGCGAGAUCAAGCUGCUCCUGCUGGGCACCAGCAACUCGGGCAAGAGCACCAUCGUGAAGCAGAUGAAGAUCAUCCACAGUGGCGGCUUCAACCUGGAGGCCUGCAAGGAGUAUAAGCCCCUGAUCAUCUACAACGCCAUCGACUCACUGACCCGCAUCAUCCGGGCCCUGGCCGCCCUCAAGAUCGACUUCCACAACCCCGACCGCGCCUACGACGCUGUACAGCUGUUCGCGCUGACGGGUCCCGCGGAGAGCAAGGGCGAGAUCACCCCCGAGCUGCUGGGGGUCAUGCGGCGGCUGUGGGCGGACCCCGGGGCCCAGGCCUGCUUCGGCCGCUCCAGCGAGUACCACCUGGAGGACAAUGCGGCCUACUACCUGAAUGACCUGGAGCGCAUCGCCGCGCCCGACUACAUCCCCACCGUCGAAGACAUCCUGCGCUCCCGGGACAUGACCACGGGCAUCGUGGAGAACAAGUUCACCUUCAAGGAGCUCACCUUCAAGAUGGUGGACGUGGGUGGGCAGAGGUCGGAGCGCAAAAAGUGGAUCCACUGCUUCGAGGGGGUCACGGCCAUCAUCUUCUGCGUGGAGCUUAGCGGCUACGACCUGAGGCUGUACGAGGACAACCAGACGAGUCGAAUGGCGGAGAGCCUGCGUCUGUUUGAUUCCAUCUGCAACAACAACUGGUUCAUCAACACCUCGCUCAUCCUCUUCCUGAACAAGAAAGACCUGCUGGCGGAGAAGAUCCGGCGCAUCCCGCUCACCAUCUGCUUCCCCGAGUACAAGGGCCAGAACACGUACGAGGAGGCCGCCGUCUACAUCCAGCGGCAGUUCGAGGACCUGAACCGCAACAAGGAGACCAAGGAGAUCUACUCCCACUUCACCUGCGCCACCGACACCAGUAACAUCCAGUUCGUCUUCGACGCCGUGACAGACGUCAUCAUACAGAACAAUCUCAAGUACAUCGGCCUUUGCUGAGGGGCCCACCCGCCUGUGACGAGACCCACGUGAGGGAGGCCCCGACCCAAGGGCAGCCAACAGGGGGCCCAGAGAGCGGCCCCCAGCCUCUCGGCCCCGUGUUUCCGCAAACAUCCAUAUGUACGGAUAGAUCACUAGGUAGAUAGACACACACACACGCACACACACGUGCACAGACACACACGUCGGAGACGGCAGAGUUCCCCAAAGCAUCAAGGUCUGUUGAAGACUUGAGAGCCCAUCGCAAGUCCGCCACUAGCCCAUCUUGCCCUCACUCUGCUUCCUGAGUUGGCCCCAUCCCUCUGCAUGGCGGUCUCACGCUGGACCGCCAGGACGAGGCGGCAGGGCUGGGGCCCGAGAGCCGGGCCAGCCGUACAUCCCGUCACCUGGAAGAGCUCUGCCCUGGGGCACCUUGCCUGCUGGCCGCCACAUUCAUUGCGGAACCAGGGACCCUGGUAGGGGGUGGGGAGGGGCAGGUGACAGCACCAACCAGACCUCCAGCCACUCACGGCUCUUUUUAAAAUAAAACAGCUUCGAAAUAUGCAGCAAAAAUUGACACAAUAGAACGAGUGGCACGGUGUAUCUCUUAACUAGGCAAGCUGGGGUUCCCAGCUUUUCUUCUACCAGUGUGAUGUUUUAUAAAAUCAAAACCUGUUUUUUUUUUCUUCUCCAACAUCCUCUUUUUCGUUGUUGUCGUCGUCGUUGGCCAAACCUCGUGGUGUUUCGCAAAAAAGAAAAAACACAAAAAUACAGGAAAUUUCCGACGCAGUUGAGUAUUCUUUUUUAAAAUGCAGAUUUUUUCAAGACAUAUUUUUUUCCCCUCCAGGAUGGUCCUUUCUUGUGUCUGGCUUGCUGAAUGUCAAAAGUUAUUGCGAGAACCCCGGGGCAAGCGGCAGCCCUCACGCCAGCCCCGCGGGGGCACCACGUUGUACAUAAACCCUCUGCAGCGACCUCCUGUUCUCGGUGCGGUUUUUUUCUGCUUUGUUUUUAUUUAAGAAAACAAACGUGAUGUAUUUAAAGAAGGUUCUUCACUUAGGAGCGGAUGGACGUCUCGGUGUCACAAGGGUGACUGCUCAGCGGUUUUUGGCCUGGCGAAGGGAGGGGCAGGGAGCCGGGGGGGUCCCGGGAGUAACCGUGACUCCUGUGAAGGCACAGCUGGUGGCCUGAGGGAGGCCCUGCUGGGACUGAGCUCCGGCCUUCCUGCCCCGGGCCCAUGGGUGCCCAAGGCCUUGUGCGAAUAUAACCCCUCCCCUCCCCCCCCCCACAGGGGAGGCUCCGCCCGGAGCCCUUGCCAAGUCUUCGCUCUCAGCCUGUGUUCGGUAGCCAUGCGUGUCCAAGGUCAGAGUGCAGUCACGGCCCGGGACUUUGAGGGAUGUACAGACGGGGAAGAGAGAAGCUGGUGAUUGGUAACGAAAGUCAAAGAUUGUCUACUUUCUGAAAAUAAAAAAAUACUCUGA